UCCCAUAUAAAUAGGGCAGGUCUGGGCUUUAUUAUUUUAGCACCACGGCAGCGGGAGGUUUCGACUAAGUUGGAGGGAACGGUCCACGAUUGCAUGCCUGCACCCGCCAGGUGAUACCUCCGCUGGUGACCCAGGGGUUCUGCGACACAAGGAGUCUGCAUGUCUAAGUGGUAGACAUGCUCAGCUUUGUGGAUACGCGGACUCUGUUGCUGCUUGCAGUAACUUCGUGCCUAGCAACAUGUCAAUAUUUACAAUCGGGAUCUGUACGAAAGGGCCCCACUGGAGACAGAGGUCCACGUGGACAAAGGGGCCCAGCAGGUCCCCGAGGCAGAGAUGGUGUUGAUGGUCCCGUUGGCCCUCCUGGUCCCCCUGGUCCCCCUGGUCCUCCUGGCCCCCCUGCGCCCCCUGGUCUUGGUGGGAGCUUUGCUGCUCAGUAUUCUGACAAAGGAGUUUCACCUGGCCCUGGACCAAUGGGCUUAAUGGGACCCAGAGGCCCUCCUGGUGCUGUUGGAGCCCCUGGCCCUCAAGGUUUCCAAGGACCUGCUGGUGAGCCUGGUGAGCCUGGUCAAACGGGGCCUGCAGGUCCCCGAGGUCCAGCUGGCUCUCCUGGCAAGGCUGGUGAGGAUGGUCACCCUGGAAAACCCGGAAGACCUGGGGAGAGAGGAGUCGUUGGACCACAGGGUGCUCGUGGUUUCCCUGGGACUCCUGGACUUCCUGGCUUCAAAGGCAUAAGAGGACACAAUGGUCUGGAUGGAUUGAAGGGACAGCCUGGUGCACAGGGUGUGAAGGGUGAACCUGGUGCCCCUGGAGAGAAUGGAACUCCAGGUCAAGCAGGGGCCCGAGGGCUUCCUGGCGAGAGAGGGCGUGUCGGAGCUCCUGGCCCAGCUGGUGCCCGCGGCAGUGAUGGAAGCGUUGGCCCCGUCGGCCCUGCUGGUCCCAUUGGGUCUGCUGGACCCCCAGGUUUCCCAGGUGCUCCUGGUCCCAAGGGUGAACUUGGGCCCGUUGGUAACCCUGGCCCUGCUGGUCCUGCUGGUCCCCGUGGUGAAGUGGGUCUUCCAGGUCUUUCUGGCCCUGUUGGACCUCCUGGCAAUCCUGGAGCAAAUGGGCUCACUGGUGCCAAGGGCGCUACUGGACUCCCUGGUGUUGCUGGAGCUCCGGGUCUCCCUGGCCCCCGUGGUAUUCCUGGCCCCGUUGGUGCUGCUGGUGCGACCGGUGCCAGAGGACUUGUUGGUGAGCCCGGUCCGGCUGGCUCCAAAGGAGAGACCGGUAACAAGGGUGAGCCAGGCUCUGCUGGAGCCCAAGGUCCUCCUGGUCCCAGCGGUGAAGAAGGAAAGAGAGGAUCUCCCGGAGAAGCUGGAUCUGCUGGCCCUGCAGGGCCUCCAGGGCUUAGAGGCAGCCCUGGUUCUCGAGGUCUUCCUGGAGCUGAUGGCAGAGCUGGUGUAAUGGGUCCUCCUGGCAAUCGUGGUUCAACCGGCGCUGCUGGAGCCCGAGGUCCUAAUGGAGAUGCCGGUCGCCCUGGGGAACCUGGUCUCAUGGGACCCAGAGGUGAUCCUGGCAAACCUGGUGAGAAAGGCCACCCCGGUCUUGCUGGUGCUCGGGGAGCUCCAGGACCCGAUGGCAACAAUGGAGCUCAGGGCCCCCCUGGACCCCAGGGUGUUCAAGGCGGCAAAGGUGAACAAGGCCCUGCUGGUCCUCCAGGUUUCCAGGGUCUGCCUGGUCCCUCAGGUGCUGCUGGAGAAGUUGGCAAGCCCGGAGAAAGGGGUCUUCCUGGUGAAUUCGGUCUCCCUGGUCCUGCUGGUCCAAGAGGAGAACGUGGUACCCCGGGUGAGAGUGGAGCUGCUGGUCCUUCUGGUCCUAUUGGAAGCCGAGGUCCCAGUGGGGCCCCAGGGCCUGAUGGAAACAAGGGUGAAGCUGGUGCAGUCGGUGCUCCAGGCAGUGCUGGUGCCUCUGGUCCUGGUGGACUUCCAGGAGAGAGGGGUGCUGCUGGCAUACCCGGGGGCAAAGGAGAAAAGGGUGAAACUGGUCUCCGAGGUGACACUGGCAACACUGGUAGAGAUGGUGCUCGUGGUGUUCCUGGUGCUGUAGGUGCCCCUGGUCCUGCUGGGGCCUCAGGUGACCGGGGCGAAGCUGGUGCUGCCGGUCCUUCUGGCCCAGCUGGUCCUCGAGGUAGCCCUGGUGAACGUGGUGAAGUUGGCCCUGCUGGCCCCAAUGGAUUUGCUGGUCCUGCUGGUGCUGCUGGCCAACCAGGUGCUAAAGGAGAGAAGGGGACCAAAGGGCCUAAGGGUGAAAAUGGCAUCGUUGGUCCAACCGGGCCUGUUGGAGCUGCUGGCCCAUCUGGUCCUAAUGGUCCCCCUGGUCCUGUUGGAAGUCGUGGUGAUGGAGGGCCCCCUGGUAUGACUGGCUUCCCUGGUGCUGCUGGACGGACUGGCCCCCCAGGACCCAGUGGUAUUACUGGCCCCCCUGGUCCUCCUGGUGCUGCUGGGAAAGAAGGGCUCCGUGGUCCCCGUGGCGACCAAGGUCCAGUUGGCCGAACUGGAGAAACGGGUGCAUCUGGACCCCCUGGAUUUACUGGUGAAAAGGGUACCCCUGGAGAGCCUGGUUCCGCAGGACCCCCUGGUACCGCAGGUCCUCAGGGUCUUCUUGGUGCUCCCGGUAUUCUGGGUCUCCCUGGCUCUAGAGGUGAACGUGGUCUGCCAGGUAUUGCCGGUGCUCUGGGUGAACCUGGCCCUCUAGGCAUCGCAGGCCCUCCUGGGGCCCGUGGUCCCCCUGGUGCUGUGGGCAGCCCUGGAGUGAAUGGUGCCCCUGGUGAAGCUGGUCGUGAUGGUAACCCUGGCAGUGAUGGUCCCCCAGGUCGUGACGGUCAGCCUGGACACAAGGGGGAGCGUGGUUACCCUGGCAGCAUCGGUCCGACUGGUGCUGCAGGAGCCCCUGGUCCUCACGGUACUGUCGGUCCUGCUGGGAAACAUGGAAACCGAGGUGAACCUGGUCCUGCUGGUUCUGUUGGUCCCGUUGGUGCUGUUGGUCCAAGAGGUCCUAGUGGUCCUCAAGGCAUCAGAGGUGACAAAGGAGAGCCUGGUGAUAAAGGGCACAGGGGUCUUCCUGGCUUGAAAGGACACAAUGGAUUGCAGGGUCUUCCUGGUCUUGCUGGCCUACAUGGUGACCAAGGAGCUCCUGGCCCUGUGGGUCCUGCUGGUCCCAGGGGUCCUGCUGGACCUUCUGGCCCUGUUGGCAAAGAUGGUAGAUCUGGACAUCCUGGACCAGUUGGGCCUGCUGGUGUUCGUGGUUCUCAGGGUAGUCAAGGUCCCGCUGGUCCCCCUGGUCCCCCUGGACCUCCUGGGCCUCCUGGUGUCAGCGGAGGUGGCUAUGACUUUGGUUUUGAAGGAGACUUCUACCGGGCUGACCAGCCUCGCUCACAACCUUCACUCAGACCCAAGGACUAUGAAGUUGAUGCAACUCUGAAAUCUCUCAAUAACCAGAUUGAGACCCUUCUCACCCCUGAAGGCUCUAGAAAGAACCCUGCUCGCACGUGCCGGGACUUAAGACUCAGCCACCCAGAGUGGAACAGCGAUUACUACUGGAUUGACCCUAACCAAGGAUGUACUAUGGAUGCCAUCAAAGUGUACUGUGAUUUCUCUACUGGUGAAACUUGCAUCCAGGCCCAACCUGUAAACACCCCAGCCAAGAACUCAUACAGCCGCGCCCAGACCAACAAGCAUGUCUGGUUAGGCGAGACUAUCAAUGGUGGCAGCCAGUUCGAAUACAACGUAGAAGGGGUAUCCUCCAAGGAAAUGGCAACUCAGCUCGCCUUCAUGCGCCUGCUAGCCAACCGUGCCUCUCAGAACAUCACCUACCACUGCAAGAACAGCAUUGCAUACCUGGAUGAGGAGACGGGCAGCUUGAACAAGGCUGUGCUUCUGCAGGGUUCCAACGACGUCGAACUUGUUGCUGAGGGCAACAGCAGGUUCACCUACUCUGUCCUUGUCGAUGGCUGCUCCAAAAAGACAAACGAAUGGGGCAAGACAAUCAUUGAAUACAAAACAAAUAAGCCAUCUCGCCUGCCGUUCCUUGACAUUGCACCUCUGGACAUUGGUGGUGCUGACCAAGAAUUCCGUGUGGAGGUUGGCCCCGUCUGUUUCAAAUAAGUGAACUCAACCUAAAUUAAAAACCAAAAACUCCUGAAAAAAAAACUUUCUCUUUGCCAUUUCUUCCUUUUAUAAAAAAAAAAAAAAAUCCUGAAAGCUGAAUCCUUCUGUGUCUUCUAUGCACCUACAUCUUAAACUGUGGGCAAAAGAGAAGGAUUGGUCAGAGCAGCGUGCAAUAUGAUCCAACUAAGUCUAUUCCCUUGGCCCCUCCCCAAAAUGUUUUCAGUGUUAUUUUUGUGGGUUUUUUUUUUUUUUAAUAUUCUGACAUCUGUUGUGGACAUUGUCAACCUUUGUAAGAAAACCCAAAUAAAAAUUGAAAAAUAAAAUAAAAAGAAACCCAUGAACAUUC